AUUGUUUGAGAAAAUGGCAGGGGACAAAGUCAGAGCUUCCCAAUACAUCACCUGCCAACAUAGGAGUACAGUAGAAGUGUGAAAUGGAAAAAAAAAAGCAUGAAAGUAUAGCCAUGAGUUAAGGGUCCAGCAAAACGACUGGUGUUUUGUAGGGGAAAGCACCCAGGUCACAUCCCACUCAGACCAUUCUAAGUGAGCAGAUUCAGCCUUACUCUGCAGAAUGCCUACAUGUGUGUGCCUCCAUGUGGCAGUAGACGUCACCCCCUAACUCUCACCGAUUACUGUGUCCCCCUCCUCUCUCUUUUGCUGUCUCCUCACCUCCACCUCUGCAGUAGCUCUCUCUCACUCAUUUUUCACUGUGCCAGCUUUCCGCGCACUUUGUGCUUUCCUCCCUCACUGCUGGCUGUGCUCCAGCAUCCAUCUGUGCCUCAUGCGUGUUCUCCUCCACCCUUCCUGCAGCCUAUGUCCCCCCCAGUGAGGGUUGCUGGCCAAGCUGCUUCUCUAGCUGUUGCUGCUGCUGGAGCAGAGGGGGCUACUUGAUACUGCGUGUUAAGCCGCUGCUGCUGCCGCUCUGCCUUGCGUCUCUUCUUCCUUUUCCCUCACAGUGUGCUUUACUGGAUAUUCGGUCUGCCCGAGCAGCGUCAGAGGACAGAAAGGAGGGAGGGGAACAGACACAUUCUCCUUGUUCUACUACUGCAUUGUCCUAUCUGUCUUUUCCUAUUUCUUCUCUUGGCUGCUGGAGAACAACUGGACAGAGGAGAGCUCUUCUCUUCAGCGCUUCCCAUCUCUGCUCAUUCCUGGGACAGGGUGUAGGGGAGGAGAAAAGAGGGAGGGACUGCAAGCAGGACUUCAAACUCUUGCUCUUAGCUGCACACCUCAGUGUCCCACCUUGUUCUUGAGGCACAUAAGUCAAACAUACAACCUGUCACUGGUGGACAGGAAGACAGUUUGUCAAGGACGUACACUGUGGGCUUACAGAGGAACAGACAGGACCACAGACAGACAGACGGACAGACAGGUGUUGUCAGUGUCAUGGCGUCAGUGGACAGCAGCGGUUCGAGUGUCUCUGGUCGGCUGAGAUCAGGGGAUAUGCUCCAUGUUGGUCUUGCAGUUGUGCUGCUGCUCGGUGCUUGGAGUGUUGGUGGAUUGGAAGUUUCCACAGGUAAAGUUUCCUCAAUUGAAGCAAUGAAUGGCUCUACGGUUCUGCUGCCCUGUACUUACUCGUCUUGCAUUGGCAUCAAAAACCUCUACUUCAACUGGAAAUACAAUGACAACGGGACUUUUUUAAAGUUGUGUGAAGCAGAGAUUCCCACAGAGAAAGUGGAGCCAAAGGUCCAUGUUUUCCAUGAUCGUGUAGAGUUUGUCGGCUCCUCAAAGACAAACAACAUCUCCAUCUUGUUGUGGAACAUAACUUUUGAGGAUGAAGGGGAAUACACCUGUUUUGCCAGAAACCCAAAAGAGAAGAAUCGCAACCACAGCGCUAUCUUCACCCUUAUAGUGGUCGAUCAAAUGAAGGAGGUCGACAAUACAUUGACAGUCUUGAUUGUCUCAGUUCUGGGUGGAGUCAUUGGCUUAGUUAUCAUCAUCAUGGUGAUAAAGGCAGUGGUGCUUCAUUUUCUAGGCAAGGGUAAUGAGAAGACUAAAGAGUGCCUGGUAAGCUCCUCAGGGAACGACAAUACAGAAAAUGGACUUUCAGGAGCCAAAGCUGACAACAAAGGGACACCAAAGGCUUAAGUGAAAUGCAAGGAUUGUAUGUUUGUAAAUAUGUUACAGAGUAAUACAUGCUCAAAGAAAAAGUUCUUAUCGAUGGACUGUUUUAUCUUACUAGAGUCAAAAUAAUGCAACUUCUAAAUAUCUAUUUUAAAUCAUGCUUGAGAUUUGGGUAGUGUGGACUGUGUGAGAAGCUGGAUCAAUCUGUAUCUAAUGUGAAAGCCCAUUAGCCACACAGUGUGCAGCCCGUACUAUGACUCCCAUCGGUAUCUUACUGAACCCCACAUUUCUAAAGUUUCAGUUUUGUCUGUGUGUAACUGCAGAACCGCCUUCCCUAUUAUUUUUUCACCUUUUUUUUAUCUAUUACUUUUUUUUAUCUAUUUAUUUAUCAAUUACUAUUUUUUUAUUUAAUUACAGUUAAAACUAAUGCUAUUUUUAUGUUAUAGGUAUUAUUUAUAAUAUCGCAUUAUAUCCACAAAUAUUUUAUUAACCUAUGCUAUCUAAUUUAAAAGCAUGUUUGGUUCUAUGUUUGCAUUUCUUAUAUUAGUUUUUGUCAUAAAUACACAUUUAUUACUGCCAUAAUUGCCAUGUUAGCUCUAAUAACUUAAUACUUUGCAGCUGAUGGAGAGUUUUAAACUAUGACUAACGGUUCCAGUGAAUAAUGCGGAAACCUCAUAUUUUUCUUUAAAGUGGCUUUGAUUACAACCUUUGUGAUGUCAACUUCAACUGUCAUGUUUACAAUCAUGUUUCCCCAAGAUACAAAUUUAUUUGGGCCCUAAUACCAAUGGACGAUUAUGACAGUACAACUGGGUAACCACUGUGGAAAGGUUUCCUUGUGCAACAGACUGAUCCAGUUCAGCACAGAUUUCACGGUUUUGCUUUGGAAAACACUGGUGCCUGUACCGCUUAUGCUCCCUCUGGUGAUGGGAGGAUGAAACUCAUAAACAUCAUAAAUGCCCUAAGCCCUCAUCAAAGACAAUCCUCAGAGUACCAUGCUUCCAAUAGAGAGGAAUGAACUUGACCCUGCUGCUUCUGAUUAAUACUCAACGCAAUUUUAGCAUGUGUACAUUUUGUAUAACCUCAUAUGAGCAUAUGCUGCAUUAUUAUACAACAUUAGUUUGUGUCUCAUUUAACAAUUCCAAAGCCACAUCAACUGCUGAAAUAAACUUAAACAUGAGAAGUUAGUAACACCCAGUUUCUGUAAACAGUCACAUUGAUCUAUUAGAGGAGUUUAAGAAAUUAGCGUUUUGCUUGGUUGAUAAAUCUACAUGAAACCAGUCUGGUUUGGACUUACAUGUGGAUUCCAGCUUUAAUGAAAGAACCUCAGUAAAAACAUAUUGGAAACACAGUACACAGCAAAAGUGAUUCAUGGAAUUCCAGUAGAGAGCAGGUCACUGAAGAGGAAUCUAAAAACUGGCAAGUAAUACAGUUAAAACAUAAUUACUGUUUACAUUUCACACAAAAAUUAUAGCAACUGUUUUUAUGUUCUGAAUUGAGUGUGUAUUAUACAACACGGCCAGUGGGAGGUUUAUGAUGAAAACACAAGUUAGUUAGACUUAAAUUACACAUUCAAAUGACUGACUAGUUUGGUUUAUGCUUAGGGUUUAGUAUAAUACUUCCAUUUUUAGUGAAAUGACCCAUAAGGCAGCAAUCAUAAUUCUCUAGCUGGCCAGUGCAUCUAAAUACUAAGGUAUUUAUUACCUUUUCUUAAAUAAAAGAACUGAGAUAAUUUGAGCUACAACUUUCAUCAUCAGUACAAAAUUAUUUUUCAUACAGUUUUACUAAUUGGGGUAAAGUUUAAGCACAGGAGAGUGAGUCCAAAAGGGAACAAUUGCAUCUUUCUGUUAUGCCAGUUUUGCUUCACUUGGUCUAUUAUUAGGCUUAAUAAUGGAUUUAUUUUUUCUAAAUCAUUUUGGUAAAAUGAAAUGUAUAUAAAUAUGAUAAGAAUUCAAUAACCAAAGUACACAAUGUGCUUUUUCUUUAAUAUGUUUUUAGCAGCAGUGGCAUCUCUACUGUAGGUCACAUCAUAACUUGCUGUUUCUUAGGUCAAAGCUAGCUUACUGGGGGUAAUUAAUCAGUCAUUCAACUUUUACAGAAUUUACACAAAACUUUCACACAAUAUCAAAUCACCUAUAUUAAUAACACAAAACAACAUGUAUUGCCUCUUCUCAAAAAUAAUUAAACAUAUUAAUUAUCAAGAUUGAUUUUUUAUCAUUUGAUUUUGAUACAAAUACUCAUGCAAACACAUUGAAUAAACAUUUUCUAAAUCUGGUAGUUCCUUUCAAGUCAUUGUUGCUCAGAACAGUGCAGUUUUUAGCAGUUGUGCUUUUUAUACAGUUGCAUACAUAUAAAAAUCCUAUAUCAGUUGUUAGUUACGCUGUCUUAGUUGGGCUGUCGGCCCAGGUAGCAAGCCUGAAGUGUGCUGCCUAAAAGACACGAGACUUGUAGCUUGCCAACAGUAGUUUUAGAACAUCAUUAUUUUAAUGAGUGAUUGGGGGGGCUACUUUUCUUUCCAUACCAUGAGUGUCCAUGGUUUUUGCAGCAUGAAUUAUUCAUACAGUCGAAUUUAUCUUUCUUGUAGGCAACAGAAAAAUGUAGAAGCUUUAUGAUUUUGAUACUGGUAAGCAGCCCAUGCUUAAUGCCCAGUAUCAAACUCAUACCAGAAUCCAGAAUGGCCAAUUUUCCUCUGUUAUGUACUUAAAUAUUUGGGCGCUAACAAUUACAAGAAGUUUGCUUUUAGGUUAAAAUCAUUGUUCUUGUUAAAGAAGUACAUUAACUUUUUAUGCUAAGUAGAUGCUAGGGUGCAAUUUGGAAAAAACCCAAAAAUACACAGAAAUGCAAAAAUGUAUGUUAGGGAACAUUAGGGAAUUUCUACCAAACUGUACAGUCAACAGAAUCCCCAUUUAAUUCCAUCACAAGUCAAUAUAGGAAAACAUUGUGUAAAAAGCCUUCAGCAAACCAGAGUAUCUAUUUUACUUUUGGGUUUACAGCAUGAGGUCACUUCUCUGCAGCAAGCAGAUUUGACCCGCUGAACGUGCAUCUAAAACUUCACAAACUUAACGCCACAUGCAUACAGAAACCCAUUAACACAAAGACUUACAUGCUCAUAGCCACUUUGAUACUACAACAUUGUAAACUGGCCUUUCAAAGAAACAAUAGCGCACUUUAUUAAAGUUAAAAGCAACUUUGUGAAAGGUUAUGAAUGAUGUUCAUAGUUUUUUCCCCCAAAUGGUAUUUCUUGAUUUGAUCUUUUUAAAUUCUUAAGUUGUGCCAGUCUUUUACUCUCUUCUAUGAGAGUGCCCCUCUUGCUUUCAAUGGAAGCAAUAAGGCAGACAUCAGAUUAUGCAAUAAGCUGUUUUAAGGCACUUUACUGAUGCGUCUGGACAGGCAGGCAGCUCUGUUUGUCCAAGGCACAUCUCAUUAUACCAAUGUAUAUAUCUAACCACACAAAUCCAUUUUGAACUAAUGUACUGAUGUUAGCAUAAAACUUGAUCCAUUUGUGCUAGAUUUAAAAAAAAAAAAAUGCAUUCCAUUUACACUUAGCAUGAUAUUCACUGUGCAGAUAGAAAAUCUAUAAUUAUAAUUAAAACCCUCCUAUAUGUUUCUUGGAAUUAAUUAAGAUCUAAUAAAACUGUGUUACAUGUACAGCUGCCAAGUAAAUGGCUUCAAAAGAGUGAAAUCUGAUUGCAUUUCGGUGGUUGCAUACUGUACCACCACACAAAGCAACCAAUGUCCUGCUCUUGAUGUUAUGAAUGGAUUUCAAUUCUCGGUUUCAUUUAUCAGCCACCCAUCUUGCCGAUGCAGUUAGCAUUCUUACUAUCCAACUCAGUCUCGUAGUAUACAAUUCAAACUGUUGAGAACAUCCUGUUUGGCACUGUGCAAUGGUGUGUAUUAAGAGGACUUCUGGUUGUCAUGAAUGUCUUGAGAAGACAGAUGUGUUCACUUGAAUUCCAUCUGGAUAAAUGUGUCUCUUACUGUCCUAAAUUAGUUCAGGCAAUCAGAUUUCAUUCAGCCAACGCAUGCAACACAGAUGCUUCGAACACAUGAAAUGCAAAGAGUGAAACAAAAGUGGGUUAAAUUGUUACUCACUUCUCAAUUUUAAGUACAUUCUGUCUAUAGAAUGGAAUUAUUUUGCUUGGUGUAAAUGGAAAGGGGAAUAAUUUAUAUUCCUAGAACUGAAUUGGUGAUUAGUUUGAUGUAAGCCUGUAGGAACAGCUAAUUCUGCAACAACCGUGCAGUGUUUUAAGUAACAGUGUCCUUAAUAUGCUCAAAAAUGUGAAUGUUAUGGAUUUCAGCUCUGCUGACACACACACGGACAUCCAGGCACAAAUGUACAUCCCUUCCUUUGCAGAUCCCUCAACAAAAAAAGGUGCAUAUCUACAUCCAACGUCUUCCUGCAGGUGAAAGCAAUACUGGGGAGUUGAUGUGUUUGUUAUGGUCCAAUAUGUCUGACCUUCUCAUUAACAUUAUGGAUACAGUACGUGGUUUUCACAAAAACGACUGUUGUCCUGCGUUUUAUGUAUUUCAGGGUUUCUGCAAGUUUCAGUAGGUUAAGGCCUUUAGGGUCACUAUGAUGUCAAUUAAAGACCCACACUGACUUUUUAAAAUAAGUUCAUAUUAAAACUUAACCCUAACCAUACUAACUCUCACUGGCAUGUGAGGUAGGUGCUACAGUAUGCAUCAUAAUUGGUAAAUCUGUUUUUAAUUUGGAUCUCAUCAAACAUACAAUCCCUUACAAGCAGAUUUAUCUUGAGGCUUUGCAGAUAUGGGAAAAUGUCAUCCAUAAGGGUCAUGAUGUAGAACAGCAUCAUGAUAAUCAUGAUGAUAAUUUAUAACAACCCCCUAUGUUCUUAACCAGAACUGCAACACAAAGUAAAGAAUUGCUGCUAGUGCAAAAUCUAAUUCAUUAAAAAAAAAAAAAAGAUUAAGUAGAAGAAACAAUGAAUGUACAAAAUUAAAAUGUGACUAAAAUACAUUUAAGGCCUAUGAAUGAAGAUCUGGACAAAUUUAAGACUUCUUAAGGCUCAAAAUACAGAUUAUAUGACCUGCAGAAACCCUGUAAUCAUUAACCUGACCUAUUUUGUUCUUAAAUGAAUGCUAUAAACUCCAACAAAUCUGAGAACAUUUGACCAAAAUCUGCCCAUUGAGCCAGGCCUUAUUUUUCAUAUACAUAAAGCGGUUUUGGAGUGGUGCUCUGAUUAAGCAAGAAUAAAUUAUGCUCCUUCCUUUAUAACUAGUUCUGAAUGUCGAAGAGCUGUCUUUAUAUCAGAGGACUUUGUAUCAACCAUCACACUACUAUGAGCAAAGCUAUUUAUUUUUCUUUUAUUUAUCUUAUUUUUUUGUAUUAUUGCUGGUAUUUUGAGGUGUUUUCUCUCCUUCUCUGAGAAAUACCAGCGCUGAAGAUGGCAUAAUUCUUGAGGUCAGCGACCUGCUCAUACUGACUGCUGCAAUCCAGAUAUUAUGUGCUCUAAACUCGAGUUCUGCAGUGGUGUAAUAGAGCACAGCAAAAAGACGAUUGCCACCUAGUGGCAGAUGAAUGUAAAACAUAACUCCUCUGUAUGGCAAGUCAAUGUAAUAUGCAAGAUGCAUUUAAUGUAUCUGAAUUUGCAAAAUUAGGAUUGCAGCAUGUAAAAAAGCAGUCAUUGAAUUAUAUGUUUAAUUAUCUAUGUGAUAAGAUCACUGACUGCUUCCACCACAGUGCACAACUAUACAGUGUUGCAUUUAUAGCUAUUGCUUUGUGUAAUGAUUCAAGUUAAAGUUAAAAAGUGCAUCACGUUUUUUGUUUUCCUGUGCCAAAUUAAAGGGAUAUUCAUAUAAGAUAAAAGGCAAGGUAUGCAAAUUUACAGAAAAUCCACUGGAAAAUCCAUGCAUCAGUUUCUGCAAAUGUUGGACCAUUGGCAAGCCGCUGCCAUUUGACAGCUAAGAGUGAAAAAUGCGAAUUUGUAGACAGUUUGGGGUCACUGUAAUAACCAAGCAUUAUGAGUUGUGUGACCACUAUAAUUCCUUAGAGUUAGUAUUGCUCUAACUGCCAGAGCAGCUGAAACUCAUACUGCCAAUCCAAGAGUAUCACGUCUGCUGUUGUUACAUCUCUAUUACUAUAACACAACUCUGAAACUACUCUUACUGGGUUAAAAACCCGCUGUAAUACCGUCAGCUUCUGUAUUGCAUUACAAACAUUGCUCAGUACAAACUUCUGCAGUUUGAGCGGGUGAAAGUCUCACUGCCUAGCCAAAAGCCUGAUGUCUAUUCUCUGCCUCCCACAUUCCACUAAAGAGCUGCAACGAUUAGUCGGUUUAUCCAUUGGUCAAUCGCAGGAAUAAGAAAUACUGCCAAAUAUUUUAAUUUCUGUUUUAAAAUGUUUAGAAAGUUAGGUAAAAAGAAAAAAGUAAAAUUCUUUUAAAUGGUAUACUAAUGUCACUUUUAUUUGUGACUUUUUUUCCACCUAAAUGUAUUUAUUAUAUUUAGGGUAAAAAUAUUCAGUAAUGCAAGUUUUGUUUUGAUAAACUGCAACUGGCAUUUUAGCCUGUUUUUGGACAUUUUAACGACCAAAAACGUUGCUAAUUAAGACAACUGGGAGGUAAACCAAUAAUACAAUAGUUGUAAGCUGUAGAGCUCUAUUCCAUAAAGAUCAAAUGAUGAAACCACUGAUCUUAUUAUGGUUCAAAACAUAAAACUAUUUAUUGAACUAUUACUCUAAGAGGAUUAUAAAUUAAAUAGAACCAUUAUAAUAAUAUUUGUAAAAACUGAGAAAUACACAGACCAAGGCAAGCUAGCUCGAUGUAAAAAAAAAACAAGCACAGACAACAGUUUCAUAUCUUGACUGUAUAUCAUAGACAACAUGAGAGCAAACAUCUUGUAGAAAUAAUAGAACUUACACCUAUAGCAUGAAAUUUGCUCAUUGUCAAUCUAACACAUAAGCAAAGCAAAUCUGCAACCCUGUCCUCUUGGGUCAACUUUUCUGUGAAUGUUCAGCUGUUUGUCUUUGUAACCAUGUUGCUCAUGCUCCCUUCAUGACUAUGCACCUCAGCCUUUUGGCUUAAAUAUCAUAGAAACUAAAAAUAAUAAUAAAAACUGAAUAUAAUAAUAAA